AUGAUGAAGCUGAGCAAAAUCUCAGGGAACCAGAUGACGGAAUUCAUUCUCAUGGGCAUCACAAAACAUCCUGGGCUGCAGGGCCCUCUCUUUGUUGUGUUUUUACUCAAAUAUAUGGCCAUAUCUCUUGGAAAUCUGGGUAUAAUCAUCCUAACUAGUGUUGAUACCAACCUCCACACUCCAAUGUACUUUUUCCUCAAUCAUCUGGCAUUUGUUGAUCUAGGCUAUUCCACAGUUGUUGGGCCAAAAACGCUAGUUGGUUUCAUCAUGGAGAAAAACACAAUUACCUAUAUUGGAUGUGCCAUAGAGCUAGUUUUCUUUGUGAUUUUUAUCACCAGUGAACUUUUUAUCCUGUCAGCCAUGGCCUAUGACUGCUAUGUGGCUAUCUGCAAGCCCCUCCGUUAUAUGGUCAUUGUCUCAGACAGGACAUGUUGGAUUUUGGUGACUAUCUCAUACUUCUAUAGCAUCCUGGUAUCCCUGUUGGUUACAAUAAAGAUUUUUAAACCAUCUUUCUGUAAAUUAAAUGUAAUAAGACAUUUCUACUGUGAUGGUCUUCCUCUGUUUUCCAUUAUAUGCUCAGAAAAAACUGACAUCGAACUAAUCAUUAUGAUCUUGGCCACAUUUAAUUUGGUUUCUUCCCUCUUAAUUAUCCUCAUCUCCUUCAUGCUCAUUCUUGUGGCCACCUUCAGGAUGAACUCUGCUGAGGGCAGGCACAAAGCCUUUUCCACCUGUGGUUCUCACAUCACUGGUAUGGUUAUAUUCUGUGGGACACUUCUCUUCAUGUACCUGCAGCCCCAGUCUAGCCACUACUUUGACAUAGCCAAGAUUACCUCUUUCUUCUACACCCUGGUCAUCCCCAUGCUCAAUCCUUUGAUCCACCGCUUGAGGAACAAAGAGAUGAAAAAUGCCUCAAAAAGUCUCUUUAAAAUAAUAUAUAAGCAUCCUCUUUAA